AUGGACGACUUCAAGUCUGAAAAUGGCUCGUAUGUCGGUACCUGUCCUUGGGCAUAUGGCGGACUCUACCGUCCAGAAACACAGCAUGCGAACGCUUUUGGCGAAGUUUGGGCCGGCGAUCCUCCGCACGAAGCUCCUGGUUGGUACGAUUUGUACGACACCGAUGAAGCUAUGAACAUAGUACAUCGCCAACAGCAGGACAUUGCCAAGUUCUUGGGCAAGGGACAAUGA